CAACGAGACUGCACACAAACGGCCCCUGACGUACGUCGACAGCUGUCCUGCGCCGAAGCUCUCCUUACCUCCGCACAGGCUUCACUCGUGUAACAAAAAGCAAAACACUCUUUUCCCCGUCGGCUCCAGAUGAAACAUGGAGGAGUACGAGCAGGUCCUGGUUCUGGGCAGAGGAGGGGCAGCUGACGUGUUCCUCAUGAGGCAUGUAGGUCGCAGGAGCCUGCACGCCGUGAAGAGGAUAAAAGUAGAGGACACACGGCGAGCAAAGACUCAGAGGGCGAUUCUCCAAGAGGCAGACAUCAUCAGGGGGUUACAGCACCCUCACAUAGUAACGUGCAGCGACGCCUUUGUGAACUCCAGGGACGGAUUCAUCUACAUCGUGAUGACCUACUGCGAUGGCGGGACGUUAGAUGACAAAGUAAAAGAGAGGAAACCGGAGGAGUUUUUCUCAGAGGACACUGUGAUGAUGUGGUUUGUGCAGGUCGCUAUGGCUGUAAAUUACAUACACACUGCUAAAAUACUACACAGGGACAUCAAAACCUCAAACGUGCUGCUGACAAAGCAAGGAACGGUGAAGCUAGGGGACUUUGGGAUAUCCAGAGUGAUGACCAACACGGCUGAUAUGGCCUCCACGUGUGUUGGGACGCCCAGCUACCUCAGUCCCGAGCUCUGUCGGGACGUCCCGUACAGCUCAAAGUCUGAUAUCUGGGGUCUUGGCUGUCUGUUGUACGAGAUCUGUGCUCUCAGACCCCCAUUCGCAGCCACAAACCUGCUCAGUCUGUUCUACAAGAUCACCAAAGGAGAGUAUGAUCCUGUGCCGAGCGUUUUCUCUGACAACGUCUCCUCGUUGAUCUGCAGAAUGCUCUGCCUUGAACCGGAAAACAGGCCAAGUGCUGCCUGUUUACUUAGCAGCGCCCAUGUGCAGGGUCACCUGGUGUCUCUCAAACACACACAGACUGAAAGUGUUGCUUCGACCCAAUCAAAAGAGGAGAGCCUUGACACUAUUGAAGAAGUAGAAAAUACAGACAUGGACGCUACGCUACAGCCAGAUGUUCUCGGUCGGUCCCAUUCAUGGGAAGAGACAGAGGACAACAUGGAUGCCAGUUCCAGUGAUGGGGCAGAUGCUGUUUGUGAUGGAGGACAAAUCCACUGCGAUUACCCUGAAGACUUCGAUGAAGAUGAAAGCCUGUCCUCUCUCGAGGAACCCAGUGAACACUCUGGGUCCCUGAUGAGGAGCGACUCUGCUGAGCCUACUGGUAACAUAAAGCAUUUCCAGAGUCUCAGGACGUCCCUGGACAAGUUGAAUAUCCAGAUGACUUCGAGGAAGCCGAGGCGGGAGAAGAAUACGAGGCUGACGCAACCUUAGCUGCUCCCCAUGAUGACGCACUGGAGGAGGAGUUUCAGCUCUGCGAUGCUGGAGGACUGACGAUCAUCCUGAAAGCACUGAAGGAGAACGGCUGAAGUCCUUUUGAUUUGUGAAAUAAAGGGACACGAGGAGCUGGAGGAGUAAAACACCUGUUAAGUGCUUUGUUUUUUUAAGUGUUACAUUCAAUUUCCAAAACUAUAAGCCGUCUGUCUUCCACUACAUGUAGCCAGAGAGAGAGAGAGAGAGAGAGGGGGGGCUGAAAACACUUGGUGGGGCUGGAGGGAAUGAAUGAAGUCCUGCUAAAUGUGUGUGCUGUUUGUGUGGCUGUACAGUCAGAAUAUCCCUAAAUAUGGCUGGAGGCUGAGUCAGAGAGUGGCGAUAAAAGUCAACCGAAGAUCUUAUAAAACAGGUAUCUCUUGUAAUACAUGUUGUAUUUGACACAAACACAAAUAAUAUGCAAUCAUUUAACCAUAAUUCAGUUAACUUAGAGGUGUUAAACGCCCUAAAGUUCACAGUGAAUGUAUUAUCUUGUCUCAACUUCUUCUAAGGGGUUUGCCUUUGCCUCGAAAUAAGAUAAAAGCACAUUAUGCAUGCAACCAUGUCUACAACGGAAGUUUGUGGUCUAUGAAGCUUGCCACAAAGAUGUAACGAUAAUGACUAAUAAGAUUAGGGUAAAAAACAAGUAGGAGAGGCUUAUUUAGAAACUGCAAUACAAUCAAUAAAAUAAGUGCUGAAAAUGA